CUCUCCUCGCCUGCUGAUAGUGGAAGCAACUCUGCAAGGCUUUGCUCUGCUUACCAGACUGCAGAGUCUGCUGCAAAUGCAAAACUGAAAUCCAUCUUUGCACCAGGUGCUUACUGUCCAAGGGGCUCCUGUGUCUUCUUGCCGUCUGUUUCUGGGUUUCCCCAGACUUGUUUUCUCAAAAGGAAGGUCUGCUCUGCUUCCAGCAAUGCAUCCUGAGAGGUGGCUGUCUUGGUGUUACCCUGCUUUUGGUGUGUGGGCAUUCAUGCUCACAUCCUUGAUUAAAGAUACCGCAGCCUGCGAAUCAGAGGAACGCCUAUUUCAUAAACUCUUCACCCACUACAACCAGUUCAUCAGGCCAGUGGAAAAUGUGUCUGAUCCUGUCACAGUGCAUUUCGAAGUGGCCAUUACCCAGCUUACAAACGUGGAUGAAGUCAAUCAGAUUAUGGAAACCAAUUUGUGGCUUAGACACAUUUGGAAUGACUACAAAUUGCGAUGGGAUCCCAAAGAAUACGAUGGAAUUGAAUUUGUUCGGGUACCGGCAGAUAAAAUUUGGAAACCAGACAUUGUCUUGUACAAUAAUGCUGUGGGGGAUUUUCAAGUUGAAGGCAAGACCAAGGCCCUCCUUCGCUAUGAUGGAAUGAUCACCUGGACCCCACCAGCUAUUUUUAAAAGCUCCUGUCCUAUGGAUAUUACCUUUUUCCCAUUUGAUCAUCAGAACUGUUCAUUGAAAUUUGGCUCGUGGACCUAUGACAAAGCCAAAAUUGAUCUUCUGAUCAUCGGCUCCAAAGUAGAUAUGAAUGACUUCUGGGAAAAUAGUGAGUGGGAAAUAGUUGAUGCUUCUGGCUACAAACAUGACAUCAAAUACAACUGCUGUGAAGAGAUCUACACGGACAUAACAUAUUCUUUUUAUAUUCGAAGGCUGCCAAUGUUUUACACCAUAAACCUGAUCAUUCCCUGUCUCUUCAUCUCUUUCCUUACUGUUCUAGUUUUUUACCUGCCAUCUGACUGUGGUGAGAAGGUGACUCUUUGCAUCUCUGUGCUGCUUUCUUUGACUGUAUUUUUACUGGUGAUCACAGAAACAAUCCCAUCCACCUCUUUAGUAAUACCCCUCGUAGGUGAAUAUUUGCUCUUCACUAUGAUAUUUGUGACUCUGUCAAUUGUCAUCACUGUGUUUGUCCUGAAUAUACAUUACAGAACUCCGACCACACACACAAUGCCCAAAUGGGUAAAAACCGUCUUUCUUAGCCUGCUCCCCAAAGUUUUGUUGAUGCAGCGGCCUCUGGAACAGCAGAAAAAAAGCAUCUCCAGAAAGACCAAGAAAGGAUCAGCCAAUACCUCGGGCAAAUCAAAGCACAGCAAACACAAAGAUACCAAACUACGCAAGGAGCAGCAGUGCUGUCACUGUGAUAAAGUGGAUGAACUCACUACCACCAAAAGAAGACGACUGAGCCAUCAGUCAUUGAAGUGGAUGGCAGAGCACACCGAGUACUCCCCAGAAGUGAAGGACGUCAUUAGCAGCGUUCAGUUCAUCGCAGAGAACAUGAGGUCUCAAAAUGAAACCAAAGAGGUGGAAGAUGAUUGGAAAUACGUAGCAAUGGUGAUAGACAGAGUAUUUCUGUGGGUAUUUAUAAUCCUCUGUGUGUUUGGGACUGCCGGGCUCUUUAUCCAGCCACUAAUAGCAGAUACAUAACUUUAUCCAGUGCUUGUGAUCCACUUUUGAUCUUAUUUCAUUUUCAGUUUGGAACUGUCCCAAAAUUUCCCUCCACUUACAUCACUCUUUUGCUCAGCCCCUUCUCAGCACCCAGCCCCAAUGGGGAGGAGAGAAGCAAAGAGUCCUUUGUGCAAGCAACAACCCAGAGCAGAAUGAGAAAAGGGCUGGACAUGGGAGAUGACCACGUGGUCUUGCUAAGGCAGAAAGGGUGGGAUUUUUGGAGUGCCUGCCUAUCUUUUUCUCAUUGAGAUCAGCAAUAGCAAUUGCACUGAGGACCACAGAAGCAGGCUGAAGUUACUGAGUUUCUCCCUUGGCCUCAGUGCUUGGGGCCAUCAGGACAGUUCAGGCACUUCUGAGUGCAUUACCCAAAGAGGACUCUACCUGGCUUUGCUGUUCUCUCCUGACCACAACUCUUCCUCAGCACUGACUUAUUUUAUGUUUCCUCUGUAUUUCUUCCCUUGUACAAUGCCUAAUCUCCAGCAUGGCACUUAGACGAGAUACCACAGCCAUACUGACUGCACAGAUGCUCUUCACUGUGUUCCUGUGACAGAGCAGACAAAAAUCUAAAUAAAAGUACAAUCACAUCAAUCCCUGUCCAGGAUUUUGAAUACAAUCUAAAAUAAGGGCUGCCCAUCUUCUGCAAUGCAAGUGCAAAAUGAGGGUCUGAGAUCUACAACACACGUGUUUAGGUUUAUGCUUGAAGUCAGAGAGAUCCUAAGCACCUAUUUGUAGUUGAAGAAAAACCUGCUUGAUAUUUUGCACUGUGUGCAGCCUAGAUCAUCCUAGAGCCAACACAGAGGAAUAACCUGGAUGCAAUAACAGAAAAGACGUGAGGUAUUUGUGGUUUACAAAGUAAUGCAUCCUCAUUUGAAAUCUACGACUCUAAGACCGUUGAAAACUAGUUCGCCUGCUGCUUACCUUUGUAGGUGACCAAAGUCAUCUUUAUUUCCUGGUACUGAAUAUCAAAGCCCAUGGUGAGCACCAGCAGGAUUUACAAGCCACAUUUCCUACAUCAGCCCAACAGUGGUCUCAGCCCACAGGGUCUGCUCUGAAAACUCGUGCUUGCUCAGGUUCAGACAUAAGCCCUCUAGGGAAGCAUUUGUCCCCUGGUAGCUACUCAUCACAGACAGAAAUGGCUUAACAACAUUGGUUUGAUCUGGGUUUUUUAAACCCAGGACCAACUUGGAUUACACACACCGUAUCAGAAGGCCAGUUGUCAUGAAUACUGUGCAAAGGUAGGCACUUUUGUCCAAAUGGCUCUGCAGCAGAUUUCCCUUUGCCAGCUCCUCAAGGGUCAGCCUUGUGUGGGUGAACCUGUUCUGCAGCUCCAGGGACACUUCUUUGGGGCUGGUGUUUCUCCUGUGUAACCAGGUACCAGUCCCAGUGCACUUCAUCCUGAAACACUGUGUAGCUGUGCACCUGAUGUGGUUUCUAAAUUAUGUGGACACUUUACCCUCGGGUCCCUUCCCUGAUUCCUGCUGGUUGUGCACAGAAGGAUUCUUCUCUAAGAGGCAUCAUUCCCAUCCAAGUCAGUGGGAGUGAAAUAUACAGCAGAGGUAACGGUGCAAUAACAAGAAUAUAACUGUCUCGGUCCAAUAUUUGAAAUAGGUAAAAUCACUCUUUUCUAGAAGAAAAACAUUUUUUUUUUCUGUGAACGCUCUGCAUGUUGCAUAAUUAUGUAGUGUCUGACAGACAGAUGUAUGAACAACC